AUAGACCUACACAGGUUUAAAGUCCGUAUAUGUUUAUUUUUUAAUAAACGCCAAACAACAAAAUUAGUUCGGUAUUUUUACCGCUAGAUGGCCGACGAUUUAUCAGCUUUCUUUGCGAAACAACUAACGAAACUGACUAUCUUUGGUCCAUUCUAUAUUUCGUCUGUGGUUGUUUAUACAGUAAACUUCGCACGACUUUAAUUGAAACUGUUGCCCGAUUUCAAAUUCCUUUAACAAUUCCCGAACAGUGGCAAACAGCACAAAGAGAAUGAAGCUAUCCCAAGCUUUCGUUGAAACUGAUACAAUAAAUACCAGCUCGUGUAGGUUAUGUCUUCGCUCCGAAGUCUGCUUAACGUCAAUAUUUACCGAGGGAGAAGCGUCCAAAUGUUUACGUUCCCGCAUUCUAGAUUGCUGUCCCGUCACGCUGUUCGAAGACAACCGGCUGCCGCAGGCGAUUUGCAGCGUGUGCAAAGACCAGGUAGCAGUUACGUACCAGUUUCGCGAGCAAUGCAGAAAAUCGGAACGGUGGCUUCGAUCGCUUUAUGGAUCCAAUUGUUGGAGCGACGAACCGCGCCGCAUCGACACGCCGAACUGCAAAAUCGUUCGAGAUUGCGGCGUACAAACCGAUGAAAGAACAGGAGCAUCUAUCCAUUCGGAGAAAGAAAUAGACGAUAAUCGAAACGCAUCUCGUGGAGAAACGAUCGUGGAACGCCCAUCGCGAGUUAGUCUAAUAGAAAAGAAAGAAAGAAAGGAAGAGACUCUUUUGGCGACGACUCGAUCCACGAAGAGGACCGUUGAAGGAUCGGGAAUCGUUGAGGAGAAAAGGAGCAGGAAGGAUGCGACCGUCGCUCAUCGAUCCCAGCAAAACACGCAAGAGAGUACAAUGAUCGAACAUGUCUAUUCGGAGGAGCUCCAGUUUCCAGAGGAUACGCGCAUCUCGAACAGCACGCAUAAAGAUAAAGAUGGGAAUGAAAGCUCUGAAAAUCGAGCGAAACCGACCGACGGCGAAACAGGGAAACCGUACCUGUGCGACGUCUGUAGCAAGACGUUCGCCUCCAAGUCCGGAUUGCGGUUUCAUUUCAAGACACACGGCGGCGCGAAGCCUCACCUGUGCCGGCAUUGCGGCAAGGGGUUUGCCAUUCCGAGUUACGCGAAAAGGCACGAGCGAACCCACGUGGGCGACAAACGUUUCGUUUGUCAUUUUUGUAGCGCCGCGUUCGCCUCCUCGAACGGUCUCAAGUAUCACUUGAUGUCCCACACCGGCGAGCCGAGUUACCGCUGCGAAACUUGCAGCAAGGCUUUCUAUCGUUACAAAUACCUCAAAGAGCAUAUUUUCACCCACACGGGGGAGAAACCGUUCGUUUGUAAAACGUGCGGCUUCGCGUAUGGAAAUUCUGGCAGCCUGUUCGUUCACGAAAAAAAGUGCAAGGCGAGAUUAUCGCGCGUCAACGACGAACGCGAAGCCACGGUCGAAGCGCCGAAUCGCGACACCGAUUUCGGAGAUUGAUCUUCGCGAGAAGUCACCGUGCGAGAAUUUGAUUCUUCUCUUAUGGAAGCGAAACAGAAUGGCAGAGACAGGAGGAAGCAGCAUCGAAGGUAGAAGUUUCCUCUUUAUUUCUCGGCAUUCGUGACGAGUUAUAAAUAUUGUCUGGUCGCGGGACGAGAUUUCUCCGAUGCAAUGGAAUCAUUUUUACCAUUGUUUAUGUUCCCGCGGUGCGAGCGACCAUCGACGUGCCUACGACCUACGACGACCUACGAUCCUAGGUGAGAGGUAAAAGAUACAAUAAAAAAUUCGUAAUUGUACCUUCGCAAAUAGAUUAUCAGUCGAUCGAGGGAACGCUUGUAAUGAAUAUAAUAAUAAUAAUAAUGCGAACUAUUCGUAGUUUGUAACGAUAUCAGUCACGCGCUCAAAACUAAUAUAAUCUAACACAGUGGUGCACGAAGAUGACCCGUAAAAUAAAAUUGAAAGCAAAUACACGAUUGUGGUUGUAUACUUGUGUUUGUAUUUUUAAUCUAAAAUACCCUGUAUACUUUGUUUAGAGUGUAUAACCCUUCCAAGAGCACCUCCAUUUGUAUAAAAACUAUUUCCCAAUUAUGGACGCGAACAGAAACAAAGGCAGAGACCAUCCGGAGACUAAAAAUUGUUAAAUGUAUUACGGACCUGCUACAAACUCAUCGAAGCUAAAUUAAAAAGCCAGUAGAAAGUAAGCAGGGACUCGAAUAAACUUUUAACCCUUUGCACUCGAGAGGUGACUCUCAGUCACCGCUAGGUUUUCUUUAGGUUUAAUUUCGUUGGAACUCGAA